UCCCGCCCCCGUAUGCUCUCGGUCCCUCCCUGGGAACAGGCGCUGCCCACCCAAGGAGGCGACCGGCGCUCCUGCCCCGCUGCCGCUCGCACACACACACACACACACACACACACACACACACACACACAUAUACCCGUGCGUGCGCCUCUGGCUCCGCACUGGAGUCAGUGCUGGUGCGUGCAGGUUGCUCAGACCUGAAAUCUAAGGGAAAAGCUCAGCGUUUGCGUCGCUGCUCCUGCCGCCGGUGGUGGUAGCGGUGAAGAGAAGAGGGGCUUGUGUGAUUUUGUUUCUUUUUCUUUUUUUUAUUCCCCCCCAUUGAAUUCAAUGGAUCUGAACUUGGAGCUUUUGGACCUCGGUGGUUUUGGAAUAUCUACAUGCUGAUCCUUUUUAUUGUGACACAUCAAGUUGUGUGGGGAAACCAUCCGAAGACAGCAAGAUGUUUCUCGUUCUCUUGUACUUCGCUUUGCCCUUAGUAGAUGUACUUUUGUGUGCAGAAGUGAGCGGGCUGCCUGGAGGGGACCGCCUCGACUGCGUGAAAGCCAGCGAUCAGUGUCUGAAGGAGCAGAGCUGUAGUACUAAAUACAGGACACUGAGGCAGUGUGUAGCCGGCAAAGAGAGCAACUUCAGCCGGGCCACGGGCCUGGAGGCGAAGGACGAAUGCAGAAGCGCCAUGGAAGCUCUCAAGCAGAAAUCCCUGUACAACUGUCGCUGUAAGAGGGGCAUGAAGAAGGAGAAAAACUGCCUGCGCAUUUACUGGAGCAUGUACCAGAGCUUGCAGGGAAAUGACUUGCUUGAAGAUUCCCCUUACGAGCCAGUUAACAGCAGACUAUCAGACAUAUUCAGGCUAGCACCAAUUGUAUCAGUGGAGCCAGUACUUUCAAAGGGGAACAAUUGCUUGGAUGCAGCAAAAGCUUGCAACCUAAAUGAUACCUGCAAGAGGUUCAGAUCUGCUUACAUAACCCCCUGCACCAGCAGCACGUCUAAUGAAAUCUGUAACAAGCGGAAGUGUCAUAAGGCCCUCCGGCUAUUUUUUGACAAAGUCCCCCCAAAGCACAGCUAUGGGAUGCUCUUCUGCUCCUGUCGAGACGUAGCCUGUACAGAAAGGAGACGGCAGACUAUUGUUCCUGUGUGUUCAUAUGAGGACAGGGAGAAACCAAACUGCCUGAAUUUACAAGAAUCCUGCAAGAAGAAUUACAUCUGCAGAUCUCGCCUUGCAGAUUUCUUCACAAACUGCCAGCCUGAGUCACGGUCUGUUAGCAGCUGUCUGAAGGAGAACUAUGCUGACUGCCUGCUCGCUUACUCGGGGCUUAUUGGCACCGUGAUGACACCAAACUACAUAGACUCAAACAGUCUCAGUGUUGCCCCGUGGUGCGACUGCAGCAACAGUGGUAAUGACAGAGAUGAAUGCGAGAAGUUCCUGAAUUUCUUCCAGGACAACAUAUGCCUUAAAAAUGCAAUUCAGGCCUUCGGCAACGGUACUGAUGUGAAUGUCUGGCAGCCAAUCUUACCAGUACAGACCACUACAGCCACAACUACAACAGCUUCCAGACUUAAAAACACAGGUUCAGAGACCACCAACAAUGAAAUACCCUCCCACAAUGAUUCACCAGCAUGUGCAAACCUGCAGGCACAGAAGAAGCGAAAAUCCAAUGAAUCUGUAGAUACAGAGCUCUGUCUUAAUGAGAAUGCUAUUGGGAAGGACAACACAGCAGGAGUCUCCACCAGUCACAUAUCUGCAGAGAAUUCACUCGCUCUUCCUACAAGCUUCUAUCUAAGCACACAGCUCACCCUGAUGACACUUGCACUCUCACUCUGUUUGUCCCUAAGCUCAUCAGUCGUCUUGUAGCUGCAUUACGUUACAAAAGGACGUGUAAAAAAAAAAAAAUCUGUUUGCUGUCCUCUGUUGUUUAUCUGGAAUUCCAGGUCUGGGAGCUAAGCUGAGGCAAACCUGUUAGAACAGUCUCAGUCAGCUGGAAUUUUACUUUUUUUUCUCUAAAAAAAGCUUCUUGUGAUAUUUAGAGGCUUUGUGAAAUACUUGGUGCAGUGCUACAUUCCAAACCCAAAAGGCUUUUGGGCAUGCAGUGUUUUAAAGAGACAGUGUGUAAAUUUGCCUGUAAAGCGACCUGGUUGGAUUAUUUUAAUAAUUAUUGUUUUAAUUCUGGCUUUUAUCUGAGAAGGAAGAUGGCAGUUUUCUUAAGAUCUUGUUUAUCUCAUUGAAUGGUUUUGGUUUUCAAAGUGGUUGAACUUCAGACUAUCAAGGAUGCCAGGCUUUUGUCUAAUGGUGAAUGUUCUCCCAGAGAGUGGACUUUAUGAAACUUCUUCAUUUGAUAAAUCGCUACUGAUGUUAAACUCUUUCAGUGUGUUAGCAUUUUCCUCUUUAAAUGUUUACGUACUGUAAGUGAUUCUGCGUUCCCUGCUGAGAAGCCAUUAUAAUUCACAUACAGGUAUAAUGUAUGUCUUUCAGUUAAAUUCUCAUAAAAAUAGAGUGUGGCGUAGAACCUUCUAACAGUACAUUUAUCUUUUAAUUAUAAUCAUCUAGCCUUAACAAGAGUGAAGAUUCUUUAAAUUAGCAAGAAGCAGCCAUUGUGAAAGCUUGAUAAAGAUACAUUUCUUUAAAUAUGAGGAACAAUUUUGCUACAGGGUUUCAGCUGUACAGUCUAUGGUCUUCUAUGCUUCCAUUGUGAUAAUAUAGUCCAGUUAUUAUACUGUUUGUUUAAUAAAAAAAUGGCAUACAAUUUAUUUGCUCUACUAAAACAUCGUUAUCUGUUUAUACAUACUUGAUAAUGUCAGAUCAAAAAGUUACAGGAACUUCAUGCCUUACUUCUCUUAUCAAAACAUUGUAGAGGGACAAGAGGUAGUAGGAUAUUUUUAAAAUUGUGGUUUAUUUCUUACACUGCUAAAAUCAACACAAAAAAUGGUUGACCCAGUUACAAGGCAGCGCCAUGCACACACACCCAUGUGACACGAUUUUCUCACUGUGGUAGUUCCUACUACAGACCUUGGCAUUGCUGACAUGAUGAACUGUUUGCAAGACCAGUCCCAUAAAUUAAUUUGGUGGUUUGGAUGGCAAUAUUGCCAAUAUACAUGGUUUAAUCUCUUGGUUCUAACUCAGUGACACUGGCAGCCUGUGCUGGCUCAUGAUGAUUUCCUGCAGUAUCGAGAAGGAGUUCUUUAAAGCUUUAAAUGUCAGGAAAUAGUCAGCAUUUCUCCUAAGGGCUGUCUUUAUACCUUACUGUGAUGGCUUGUUGACUGUUACAAGCAGUUAUGUCUAAGUGAUCAGCAGUAAUCAGUUUUUGUUUCUAUUGGAAGUAGAAGAUAACUUCUCAAGCAAGGAGUUCAUCAUGUUGAAUGUACGGAUUUACGUUGAGACUUACACAGUUAUGGCCUGUCCUGCUCUGAAAUGUCCAGAUCACUUAUUUGCAAUACAACUAUAAAGUACAAAUUACUGUUUUAUAAACUGCAUUGAAGUUUUGGAGUGUGCAAAAUACACAUCUUACUAAGAGAUUAUUAAACUUAUUGUCAAGUUCAUCUUUUGAGAUUUUUUUCUUAGCUAAUAAUAAACACUUUCAUAAAUUUUGAAAUUCAUUUAUGUACUUUUGAUUAUGGUCACGUAAUAUACAUCUCAAAGCGAUGUGUAUGGGAUAGAAUUCUACGAUACUCUGUGUCACUGAACAUAAAAAAUUAGACAAUAUUACUCUUUAAUUCUGUGUUGGUAAGAAACUGCAAAUUACUUUCAAAGGGAACAGAGCUGCUUUCAGAGAAGAGAUAUAUAGCCCAUCAUUACCAGCAAAGCCCAUGUGGUUCCUGUUGCUCUUCUUGUAGAAGAGAAUGAAAUUAUUGAAAACUAGUGGUAGCAGAAAAAAGAUUACGAGAGUCAUGAUUUAAAAAAUGAAUCAAAUUCGUUUAUGUCAAAAGGAGUUGAUAGUAUAAUCUAUUGAAAUACUAAUGAACAUUGUAUUAGAAUUCAAAAGUCUGACAUUAUCCAAUUAAAAAUAUUUUCAAAACCAAUUCAUAAACAUUACAAUUACUAAAUCCAUCUUUGAUUCCCAAAGCUUUCUUUAAAAUAUGGUUUGUAUUCAGCACAUUAAACAUUUUAGGCAGCAUCGGGAAUUUUAAUAAUCUCCCAGUAUAGUAUAUAUUUUCUGUAGAUUUUUACGUUUGGUUUGAUUGCAAUGUCUCUGUUAUAUUUAAUACGAAUUAUUAGAGUUCUGGCACUGUGUGAUCCAGAAUAAAAGCUGUUGAUCACUUAUACUGUAAAUAACAACUUAUUAGUUUCUUAUUACAAAAGAAACUGCUAACUAUCUGAGUCAACGAGAAUUACCUUUGGAAAUACCAUUCAUACGUAUUAGAGGAAAAAAUGGUGUUUUAUAUGGGUAGCCAUGUUACCACAAAAAAAGCCCAACAGAACACCGAAGCUUUUUCUCCUGUAAAUUAAAAGCAUACUGAAUUCUUAAAAAAAAA